AUGAUCCGAAAACAAUUUAAGCUUUUAUUUGUUUUUGAUGCCACCACAGCAAGUAAUCAGAAGCCGCCAACUUGUCUUUCAAAUGGCAGCAAAUCAAAUUGCCCAACAGAACUUGGGUGCAAUGAGCAUACAUCAUGGCCAACAGUUGCUUUUGCGAGUCCGAGUCCAAUUGAUGGAUCACCGAAAACCGACUGCUCCCCGAUGGGGUUGCUGUUGCAGUUGUUGUUGCCACAAACUGCUGCUGUUGCAGGUCCAAAGCCAAAUGAGUUGAGAAGCAGUUGCGUAAAACGAAACCUGCGAUAA